AUGGCGCCGGCUGGCCGGGUGUGGUGAAUAGCCACGGAGUGAUGCGUAACGUGAUUCACAUUUCGCAGUGUGUAGCACCGCGAAGCCGUGGUUCGUUCUGAGCUUUUCGCGCUCGCGUUUCUUCUCGUUUACCAUUCGCCACUGGUGCAAACGAGAUUGUCAAAGAUGUCGUCUCGCAAGACUGCCGGCCGUCGUGCCACCACGAAGAAACGCGCUCAGCGUGCGACGUCGAAUGUUUUCGCGAUGUUCGACCAGGCGCAAAUCGCUGAGUUCAAAGAGGCUUUUAAUAUGAUCGAUCAGAAUCACGACGGAUUCAUUGACAAGGAGGAUUUGCACGACAUGUUGGCUUCUUUAGGCAAGAACCCUACUGAUGAGUACUUAGAAGCAAUGAUGAAUGAAGCGCCUGGACCUAUCAAUUUCACAAUGUUUCUGACAUUGUUUGGAGAGAGACUACAAGGGACUGACCCAGAAGAUGUGAUUAAGAAUGCCUUUGGCUGUUUUGACGAGGAAAAUACCGGUCAUAUAAAUGAGGAGCGUCUUCGCGAACUACUUACAACAAUGGGCGAUAGAUUCACGGAUGACGAUGUAGAUGAGAUGUACCGCGAGGCGCCAAUCAAGGGUUCCAUGUUCGAUUAUCUGGAGUUCACUCGAAUUCUGAAACACGGCGCGAAGGACAAAGACGAGCAGUAGUGUGGAAUCAUCGAAGAAAGUUAAUCACGUAACGGAAUUCGGACACGAACUUUAGAUAAUAUUCGAAGUUUCUCGCAUGCUCCUUGCGCUUUUCGAUUCAGAGGAUGCUAGACAUAUGAGAUAGUGUUGUCCGUAAUUAUUUAUUUCAAUUUUAAUGAUAAGAAAACUUUGUACGACAUGGACAAUUUCAAAAAUUAGUCUCGCUCCUUUAAAAAUUUGCAUUUAUAUUAUCUAUCUGCAUUUAUACUUGUUGGAUGCGAAGCGAAAAUAUUAGUUGAACAAUCGUGAGAUACAUUUGGAAGCGCGAGGUGUGUGUAUGCAUUGUGUAGAAAAAAUUUUGAGUUAUUCAAGCAUAACUUUUCGGAUGCUGUACAGUCGGUAAAAGUUAAAUAUGUAAGAUAUUUAUAUACAUAAAACAAACAUGUAACUCUGUUGUAGAUUCAGCAUUUAUAUUUUAAUAUAAUAUUCUAUUGCGUACGAAA